UUGAACUGAACCACAAACAUAUGUAUUUUUUUAAAAACCUCUUUUGUUUUCUCGAUCACCAUCAAUCAUAUAUCGAUCACAAUAUGACUAGUAAUGUUUUUCCUUCACGAUAUAUGUCAAGUAGCGAAGAAAUCCCUCUACAAAUCCAUGGGUGGUUACGAAUCCACAAAAACGGUCGAUGUGAAAGAUUGGUAGGAAAUGACAUCAUCCCACCGGGUAUGGAUCCAUUAACCGGGGUCCAAUCCAAAGAUAUCAUUAUCUCACCCAACGUUUCUAUAAGGCUUUACAUUCCAAAAAGCGCUAACAAAAAUCGGAAACUUCCUACCUUAAUUUACUAUCACGGUGGCGGUUUCGUGACAGAAUGUGCCGGUUCCUCCACGUACCACCCGACAUUAAACUUAAUUAGUUCAGAAACCAACAUGGUCGCAAUCUCGGUUAAUUAUAGAUUGGCACCAGAACAUCUUAUCCCAAUUGCAUACGAGGAUGCAUGGGAAGCAAUGAAAUGGGUGGCCAUACAUUUAAAAGGAAAUGGUCACGAGUCGUGGCUAAAUGACUACGCGGAUCUUCAUAACGUAUAUUUAUGUGGAGAUAGUGUGGGUGCAAAUAUUGCUCACAAUAUGGCUAUACGGGUCGGGCUAGAGUUAGACCCAUGUAAGGUUGUAAAACUAGAAGGUCUUAUACUACUUCAUCCAUUUUUCGGUGGAAAAGAACCUAUUGGAUCCGAGUUUAAUAAACAUCAACAAAACAAGGCGUUUGUUGAUCAUUUGUGGAUGUUAGCUAACCCUGUUGGGGUCGACGGGCUGGAUGACCCGUUGUUUAACCCGUCUAGAAACCCAAAUAUAUCGAGUUUGGGUUGCUCCAAGAUACUUGUUUGUGUUGGAGAGAAGGAUGGGUUAAGGGAUAGGGGAUUGAAUUACAAAAAAAUAGUUGAAAAGAGUGGGUGGAAAGGGGUUGUGAAGGUAUUUGAGAGCAAAGGGGCAGGGCAUGUGUUCUUUUUGCAUAAUAGAUCAUGUAAGAAUGCUUCUAUAUUGCGCAAAAACAUAUGUAGCUUUGUCAAUGUGAUUCGUAGCAAGUCAUAA